CAGAGUAUAUAUAUAACGACACCUCGCUCAUCGCAGCCUCAUUAUUACAUCUUUAUACACACACACACAGAAUAACUACUAGAUACAGCGCCCCGAUGCUCAGGCAUGGCCGAUACCGAUAGCUCACUGCCCAGAGAGAGACCCCGCCACCCAUCCAUGUGCUGCGUGCUGAGCCGCGGAUCAGGCCGGACACUCGUGCUACGCCCUGCUCUCUCCUUCCCCGGGGUACGCCGGAGCAUUCAGGAGCCUCCCGCCCAAGUGACCGCCGCCACCUUCUGCUGGAGCGCCGCCGUCACCGGCUGACCUCUGACCUCCUGCAUUACAGAAAAAAUGGGUAUUUACUACCUCAGUUUUGGUUCCUAUUGGAGAAACCUGACAUCUCCUCUCACCUACUGGCAUAGGGGAACAGCCUUCCAAUCUGACCAUAUGAAAGACCACCUGGAAAUGCAGGUUCCCCACAUGGAGUUGGGUACAGACAUGGUGCUCCUCACAAUGGCUGCCAGGAUUAUGCAGGCCAUGAUUUCCCUGGUGAAGAAUCGUCUGCCCAGAAGAGCUUGGUAUUGGAAGAUGUUCUCUGGUGGCUGGAUAAGCAGAGCCGUCCAUGCGGUGCUGUGGACGUGCUGGCAUGCUGUAGAUCUGCUACUGGUCAUGGAGAGGAUCGGAGUGUAUGUUAACAGGACUCGGUCACAACACAAGCUGCAGUGUGACACACCACAUGCAAUGAACGUCUCCAUAAAGUAUCACUGGGAGAAUCCGGCUGAGCCGGUAAAAGAGGUAGUUCCAGAAGAUGAAGAGCUGCUUAGCAAUACACUAACUAUGGAGAAGCUUCAGGAAGAUAUAUACAUGGAUGUGGACAGUGGUUGCAAACUCUUCUCCAACUUGGACAGUAUGGUCAGCAGAGAGAUACUGUUGCCGUCCUGUACAAAUCCAGUCAUUCUGUCUAUGAUCUGUGUACCAUCAGAGGAUGAGGAGUCUCUACUCCCAUCUGGAGAGUCUGACACUGAGGGUGGUGAUGAAGUGGAGAAAGAUAGGUCAGUGGACAGUGGAGUGCAAGAACCAUCUGCUCAAGAGUCCAAAGAUGGCCAAGAUAGUGAUGAGGAAAGUGAUUGGUCUGAGGAGGAUGAAGACUCUUGGGAGGAAGAAAGUGAUGUGGACUGCAAUAAAGACGAUGAGGACUUGUGGGCAUCUUUCUGUAGAAGUGAUGACCCAUACAACCCCCUUUCUUUUGCUAUGCCCAUGGGAAGUACCAAGCAACAGGCUGAAAAGUCAAAGAAAGAGGUGCCCAUUGUGAGUCUGGAGAAACAGAAGUGUCCAGGUAGUUCAGAUUGUGCCAAGUGUUGUGCUGCCUUCAAGAUAGUGUGCGGACCUGCUGGUGAAAAGCAAAAACGUACGGCUAGGAGGCCAGUCCUUUCUGGCUUUACGUCUUCUCGCAAGUGUUUCCUGAAGAAGGAUCAGUUGGAAUGUUCACGAGAAACAAAGGAACAAGGAAAAGAACCUAUUAAGAGAGUGCGUUUCUCCUCUGUAGUCACCGUGCACCCUAUAGUUGUUUGGGACUACGCUCACAGAAUGGCUCGUAAAGGACCAUGGGAAGAAUACGCACGGGACAGCGUCCGCUUUCAGAGACGCAUUGCGGACACAGAGACUGCGAUUGGCUACUGCUUGGAACCUGGGCACAGAGAGAGGAUUUGGGCUGGACUCCAAAGCCAGACACACUGAACUUUAUGUGGCCUGGACUAUAUAAGGGACUUGUUAACCCUUAAUGAAACCUUAUUCCAGAAAUACAGAACCAGUUUCCAAAUGCUCUGCAUCGGAGUCGUUUAGAUGUUCUUUCUACAGCUGUGAUACAAUACAGUGCAAGAGCAGCGGAUGUGUUUAGUAUCAUACCUGAUCUGUCCAUACUACUAUUCUGGUGAACUGACAGUGUUAUUGUUAGUGCACUAGGUCUGUGAGGCAUUUACGUUGCAUGAAUGACACCAUUAAUGUGUUGCUCUUAAGCCAUAUGUCUGUCAUCUAAUAGGCCCUAUACAUUCGGUGAGCUGCCAGAUGGGCGAUCUUGUGGGGGGGGUGAAGUUUCUUCACUCUCCCCGGCUCCAUAGCAGUGCAAGCUAAUGUGGACGAUAUUGGCCGGCAUGCAUAAGCCACCUGGCACCAACGAUGAACGAGCGUGGGACCACACAUCGUUCAUUGUUGGUGCCUGCACACUGAACGAUAUGAAGGAGAACGUUCAAGGAUUCACCAGUGUAUGGUAGCUGUGCCCACACCCUCACCCAGCAGACUGAUACCUGUAGCUAGUGGUUGGGCACAUUACUGCUAUAGGUACUGAUCACUUCAUCAGGCUAUGGCAAAGCUAACACCAGUGAUUUCUUGCCCUGCACACACCUACCUCCGCUAAGGGUUCUGCAUUUGUUUGGUAAUCCGCUUAUCCCACAACGUGAGCCCAGAUUGCGUUUUGCCUACACCUCUAAUUCAGUCGUUCGAAGAUUUUGGGAGCGAGUAGAGAUGUCGGUGGGAUCCUGGCAGUUGAAAUACUGACGCCGGAAACCAAAGCUCGGAAUGCCUGUGCUGGUAUCCUGACUAGGAUCAGUCCUGGAGCCGGAAUUCCUAAUGACUGUUUCUUGGCUGCGGGGGGUGGGGAGGGCUAAGCUUGCGUGAAGGGGGUGGGUUAGGUUUAGGCACCACGGGAUGGGGGUUGGGGGGACGGGCAUACUUAAGCACACAUACCUUGCUCCUGUCGGGAUUCUCCCCAUCUGGAUACCGUGGUUGAUGUUCUGAACGCUGUCAUAUCGGACCCGACCCAUAUCAACCAGGAUGUCCGCUUACAACUCUCGCAUAACACCCCCGGUAUCUAAUAGAUCUUGAUUGCAAUGUUUGCAAGACAGUGAUUACUAUGAGCAGCAUGCAAGCUGAAGUGAAUUUUCUUGCACUCAUUUUAACUUUUUAAAAACCUUUACAGCUUUAAAAGACUUAUGCUGUAACGCACUGAUAGAACAGGAGGCGUUUCCUGCGGAUUUAUUUGCAGUGUUUGUGUGAGAACCUACAAGUUGGUUUUGACGUAUAUUAACUUUGUUAUUCAUAAGGUCAGACUCCUUUUAUUUCAGAUGUCGUCUGAGUUUAUGGACCUGUUAUUUAUAAGGUGUUAUUUAUCUUUGUAUUUUGAUAAAAAUUAAAAUGUUAUUUUCGUAUAUAUAAACAUUCAAA